AUGCACAAUGGAAUUGAUGCUGUGGGAGUCGAUCAACAGGUUGGUGUCUUUCCUUGUCGUUUUUAAACGAAAAUGUCGAACGGAGAUUUUUUUUGCUAAGUUGUCAAGAUAUAUCAUGUUUUCCUGUUGCUUAAGACUGAGGCAUUAAAGGCAUUCUCGUUAUAGCUCAGGAGUUGAUUCAGUUCAGCAUUAAGAGCACCUUCACUAGCAGCUUUUGCACUCUCGAAAUUGAGCAUUAACUUUUUACUUCAAUCUUACCUUUGAUAGCCUGUAAAGAACUACGCUGAAUGGCGACUUGCGUAUUUCAUUCCUUUUCUUAUGCUGGGUGGCUUCCUUGUGCUAAAUAUGAUCGUGGGUGUGGUAGUAGAAAAUUUUCAACGCUGUCGAGGAAGACUCGAGGACGAAGACAAGCAGAGAAGACGAAGAAAGAUGCUGGACAAAGCAAGAAGCAAGAAUCAACAAGGUGGAUAUUACGUACCUUCCUUUUGCGCUUGUAGUGCUGCACCUAUGAUUUCAAAAUUAUGCUAUUUGGUCUGUCUGUCAGUCAGAUUUAUUUCAUCUGCCAGAAGGCGAGUCUACAGAAGCUUAGUAUGUAUGCACGUUGCACCAUAUCGCAAGAUAAAACCUAGGAGGGUUUUUUGUAACACUGUGUACAAACAUUCUUUCUCUUUUUCUAAUAAUGCCUGAUUUCAUCAGCAUAGUAUAUUUAUUUACACUCACCAGAAAGUCAAAUUAUAAUUGCCUUAAGGACAGCAAGCAACUACUUAACGAACCCGCAAUCGGAAAAAAGGAAAAGAAAAACAACAAUAACAACAAAAACAAAUACAAAAGAAAUUAAAGAACUCUUAUUAAUUACAUCUUCAUGUUUUUCUUCCAGAGGUGGACCGAACGUAUUACCAAUCGUACAGCAAAUGGCGGCAGCGUGUUCAUGACAUGUGCCUUCACGCGUAUUGGGACGUCGUUAUUGCCAUGGUGAUUUGCCUGAAUGUAAUCUGCAUGUCUUUGGAGCAUUAUCAGAUGUCACAGGUAAUGAGGAGGAAUACAAAGUUGAGGUUAAAACUUCAUUCCUGAGUCCAUCACGAUUCAUGUUUUAGUUUCUGGGCGUGUGACAAAUAUUGGCUAAUUUUUUUUUAGUCAAUAGGGGUUUUAGGAAACUUGGUAGCCGAUUUAAUUCAUGCUAUUAUUUUUCCCCUUUACUUAAUACUCUCCCAAACCUUUUCACUUCGUUAUCAGCUUUUUUAGCUUGUUUUUUUUUGGCACGCUUCAUUCCCCAUAAACCUCCAACAAUAUGAGGUUGAACUUUUCAAUACGUAAUGUAGGAAGGAAGUGGCACGAAAUUGGUCCUGGAAUUCAAAUGAACAAUAGAUUAUUUAAUUAACUUUUGCAGACUUUUGUUUUAUUCGUCGACACUUCAAAUUACCUUUUCACCGGCAUUUUUGUGCUAGAGGUGGUGCUCAAGUUCAUUGCCUUUGGAUUCGUUCGUUAUUUCAAAGACGGGUAAGUCGUGGGUUGCGCCAACUUUGGUAGACAUUUCCGCGUUUGAUUAAGACCAGUAAGUGAAUAUCUAUCAACGCUGCUGGAAAAAACGCCUUAAAGUAAGGAAACUUACCAAGUUUAAAGUUGAUACGUCCAAAGCAAGCAGACAUUUGACUGUUUGGUGGGGGGUUAAGUUAGUGCCCCCAUCAUAAAAACGUCUGUGAAUUUCACGACUUUGUGGAACCAUGUGUUCGUUAGGUUUCAAAAAAUCACCUUCAAAAGUGACUGUUCCAGUCAAGUGCCUAUUAACUUCAGAACAACUGAGGCUGUUUAUAUAUAUCCCAUGGAAGGUCGUGGGCUCAAUUCCCAUCUUGAACUCAGAAUAUUUUUCUGAGUUUUUCUGUCCACAUAAUUAUAUCAUUCUGUUUGCCAGAAUUUGAAUUUUGGAUUUAUUUGCCCAUAAAUUUCACAUCAGCAAAAACAACAAUAUUUAUAAGGGAAGAACAAAAGCCUGAACGAAUGAGCGCAAUGAUGUUCGCCCUGCAAUGCUAAUGACCCAUCGCAAGAUUCUAUUCUUUUUCAGAGCAUACAUUAGGAGAAAAAACCGGAAUGCACUGAAUUAAUGUGAGAUAAAUGCUUGUCUUUUGAUUGAAAAUGAAACGAAGACUGAUAAUGUGAUUCUUGUAGUUAGAUAUGUUCCCCGGCCGCGAGCGAACAGCUUCCUUGUUCUCAGUGGUCAUUUCAACAAAUGAUUGUCUGAAGCAGUAACUUUAUUUACAGCUUUAUCAUCAGAUUCAAUAAAAGUAAAUCAUUGCACGAUCGUGUUGUAAGAGAACGCCAAAAGUACUGCGAACUGACACAAUAUUGUAUGAACUUAUUUGUAGGUGGAAUCUGGUUGAUCUAGUGAUCGUCAUUCUCUCUUUGGCUGGAAUAAUCAUCGAGUCACUAAGCUCUUCUAAUAAACUCUUGAUAAAUCCAACUGUUGCAAGAUCAUUGAGAGUAUUACGUAUUAUCAGAGGUUUGUAGAUAAAGGUUAUAACUCAGUAUAUAGUAUCAGUAGUGUCCGUCAGGAAGGAAUUAGUCUGUGAACAGGCUAUCUAGUAGGGUAAAUGAGGAGAGGGGAGGGAGGAAAGAGAUCGAGAAAGCGCAAAAAAGGGGGGGCUGAAGAAAGGGUGAAGCGCGUAGACAAAGACCUUAAGCUCUGUCGUAAUAGACGGCGUAAUCUAAAUUUCUACUGAAACAGUUUGCUACCACAGAUUUUCGCAUCCAGGGACUACGUGGGCACAUUUCCAUCAAAAAUUAAGGUUUUUAGAAAACACUGGUUAAGCUAUUAAUGAGCUUGGGUAUUGAACUUGUGGUGUAUGUUAUCAAUUAUGAUAACCACUUUUAUUUGGUUAACACUCAGUAACUCAUCCCGGAGGGGGUACUCCCUUAUUUAGGCUAUAUGGGUAUGUGCGGCGCCAACGGGUGUGGUUUUCAGCCGUUUUUUUCUGAAAUAGGGUACCAAUUUUGACCAUUUUGGUCUUAAAUACGGUAUGGUUUGUGCACUCUAUUCUUGAAUUGGGUAUCUUUUUUAGAAGAAUCUACUUCUUCAUCAUUAGGCGAUAAAUCCCUAAGGAGACCUAUUAUUUCAGGUCUGAAAUAGGUUAGGAAAAAUCACAGAUUUUGGUCUGAAAGAGGCUUAGGGUUUCAGGAAACGUGCCUCACACACCCACCCAAUUUUUCUGGAAGUAUCCCCCCCGGUGACUCGUUAACGCAAUCUACUGACAUAAUUUCGAUCUAAAAUGGUUUAAAUAUAUUUACAGGAACAACACUCUUUUCAUCGCCUAUUGACAUCUCUGUACAUGCUUUCUUUUAGUGUUGAAGCUCGUGAAGUUAGCUAAAGGGGUUCGUUCACUGUUGGACACUCUCUUUGAAGCUCUUCCGCAGGUUUAUUUUUCACUGACUGCUAAUUUGUUUUAAGUUAAAACUAUUAUUAUUUCUGUAAUUUAUUUUUUUUUUAAAAAAUCGCAAUUACACAGAGCAUUGCAGAAUUUCUUGUCUUGCUAAACAGAUAAUUAUGCUUUUUUUUGUUAUAAAUUCAGGUUGCAAACCUUGGACUGCUAUUCUUACUUUUGUUUUUUAUCUACUCCUGCCUGGGUAUUCAGUUAUUUGACACUCUUGGUAAGUUCUCGUCAUGUGGUAGCCAGAAAAUAUUAAGCAUACCCAUACCAGCUAAUUAAAGGGCACGGGACUUAAUCAUGGUGGGGACAUCAUGGUGUAUCAUAGAUGUGAAUUCCCUUAAGAAAGAUCACAGGCCCUUAAAGUUAUGUUGCUCCAUUUAUUCUAUUAGUUCAUUGAGAGACGCGCAUAGGGAAGUCCAAGAAUACAUACCGUGAUUAUUACCACAAUAAAGUAAAGCUCUGUUGCUUUUAUAGAAUGAUCGCCAUUUUCAAAUUGAAUUCGAUAGGUAUGUGUGUGUGUAUGCAAGUUAACUGCCUAAUCUGGUCAUUUGUCUCAGAGUGUUCUCCGUCGCAGCCCUGCCAGGGCCUUGGUCCGCAUGCGCAUUUCAGAGAUUUUGGCACGGCUAUGCUGACAUUAUUUAGAAUAGCAACAGGGGACAACUGGAAUGGUAUACUAGAGGUUAGUAAAAUAUAAAAAGAACAUAGAAAUACUGUGGGACCGUCAUCUGGACAAUCUUUUAAAAUAAUAGUAAUCCUCCCAUACUUACAAUUAUGUUACGGCUUAAGUUAACUUGUCAAACGCCUUCGAUGGGGCCUUUUUCAGCGCUUACAUACCUAUAUGCAGAAACGAAAACCGAAACAAAUUCGUAUCAGUAAGGAAGAUGAAUUACAUUUUUGCUUUUUCCUUUAUAUAAACAUAGUAUGAGCAGUUUGAUUGGACUUGGUUGAUUAAAUUUAAUGUAACAAAUUAACAGUCAUCCUGAAAUAAUGGUUUGCUCAAUUGGUUAGAGCAGUAGGUCCGGGCUUGAUUGCCGGCCAGACGAACACAUAGGGUCUUGAAUAAUUAACCGAAAAGGAAUCGUUACUUUUGCUGUGACAUCUGCCAAUGGUAAUACCUUCACAUCCUGGCCUCCCGAAUAACGUUGAAAAACCCUUCCCACAACACUUUCUUUGACGUCACAUCUCGUUAAACGAAAAGGAACUGCUAGGGACAUAACAAUUCCUGGCAUGGUGCACGUGACCAUCCCUUUCAUGGGUUGUGGGGAUGGGUGGGCAAGGCACAUCGCAGGACAGCUAUGGGUCCUAUUCGUGUUCAUUGCAAUUAAGCAGGUGUGUCCCCAGUAAAGCUGGGGAAUGAAUACAGUAAAAACCUACGUGUAAGAACCUACAUCUUUGUAAGUGCGGCAAAUAAGGUUGUUAUAUUUUGGGGCAAUGUUUGGCAAUUUAGGCUAAGUAGGUUUUUAAUUUCUAUAAAGGAGACUAGGUUGUUGACUAACAGAAAAAUAAAGAAACUUGACUUUGGUCUUUAUAUAAAUAUGUACAGUAUUUAUUCACAGCUGUACCUUGCAAUCCUCCUUUAUUCAAGGUCCAUGAAGCCAAUUAUAGUACUUUAUGUAAACCUGUUUUUGUUGUUGGAAUUUCAGUAGUACUUUCUUUUGUAAUUACCGUUUGGUAGAGUAUUUUCUUGUAAUAUCAAUUUAGAAUCUCGAAGCCAAACUUCUGGUUAAAAUGUCAUAAUUCAACUCUAACCCGCAUAUAAACCUGUUUGAUUUUGCUUGGUUAUUAAUAUAUAUUUUCGGGCAUUAAAGUGACAAAGUUCUGCCAAUAGGUUCUUAAACCACUAGGUUCUUACACGGGUUUUUGCUGCAAUUACUUUUAAAAUAAUUGUAAAUAAUGCCGGAGUAGCUCAUGUUUAAUAAUAUCAUUUACUUUUCUUCCCAGGACACACUGAGCUCCAAAUGCUCUUCUGAAGCUGAAUGCGAUAAAUACUGUUGCAUGAGCAAAUACACAGCACCUCUGUUCUUCGUUACGUUCGUACUGGCGGCUCAGUUUGUGUUAGUUAAUGUUGUCAUUGCGGUACUUAUGAAGCACUUGAAAGAAUCUAAAGAAAAAAUUGCAGCAAACAUGGCCGCCAAAGACUUGGAGAAGAAACUCAAAUUAUUGACUUUAUCGGCAAAGAAUUUCAUCAAAGGAAAAGCAAAGAAAAAUGACUUGCCCUCAAUUUCAAGACGACGUUCCAUAGUGCAGCUGGGUUUAGGAGGAAUAGAACUUGCUCAGCUGAAAUAUUGUGAGCCGGAAAAUACAAUAGACAAAUCGUUUAUGACAGAAUUUUCUAAAGCUGAUGCAAUUUUCCAAGAAUUUAUGCGUUUAAAUGCUAAUCUUCAAAAGGCUAAGAUGAAGAUCGUCCGUACCUCCUCGCACAAUACUGUCGAAGUAAACACGCUGUCUACGGAGACGCACUCUGUGCAAAAAAGGCGUAAUAGCGUGGGUGGAGUAAGGGAACUUCAUAAGAUCUCAACCCAUUUAAGUUCAUUUACUGUAUAUAAGUCAGGCGCCAAACUGUGA